AUACUCUUCUUGUCUUUCAUACCCCCCUUCCGCCACACAAGAAACUCGCAUGGGGUCAAGGUCCAACCUGAACAUCGCCGACAUGCUCAAGGCCCAGAGCCAGAAGCCGAAAGCCCAGAGAGCCUCAGACAUAUCGGUGAUCAGCAGACAAUCCAAAUCUCCCUCAUUAGCCAAAGCUUCAUCAUCUCGGCUGUCGUCUUCGUCGAAAGGACCGACGUCCUCGGGUCGUGUUCCGAACCGCUCGGAUUCGCCAAUAGAAAUCGAUAUAGAUGAGCCACCAGCGGCGCAGUCGAGUGUUCCCAGCGUACCCGAGUCGUCUAGACGGCCGUUACCCUAUCGUCCACCAGCACACCUCGUGACACCAACAAGCAGAAUUGGAUCGCCAAUAUCUUCCAGUUCAAAGGGUAAAGGCAGGGAAAUAGCAGCAGAUGGGUCGAAUAUCAAUGAUAAAGAUAACGGCAAAACAACUCAGCAGUUGACAAAGCUCGCCAUUCACUAUUACGAUGAGAGGAGCAAGCUCCAAGAAGAACGGCUGGCUCUGGUCACUUUGGGUAAUGAAGAUGACCGACUAGAGAUCGUAGAGGAGAAACUCGAAUCGGGAAGCAAGCGCAUAUUGGAGAUCAAGGCGUCGUUGGCAAUACGGAAUGACUCUUCUUUAUCAUCUGAUGGCAAAGAUCGUAGCGCAAGUACUCCCGGUGGGAACGCAAAGUUUAGCACGAAAUCCACCGAUCAAAUCUCGCGACUACUAUUGAAAUGGCUGGGAGAGAGAGACAAGAAGGAGGAAAAGAUGUUCGCCAUGAAGACUGGUCAAAGUGAAGAUGCAGACGAGGAGGACGUGGAUAUCCUCGAAGAUGAGAUAGCGACAACCGUCGAGCGCAUUGCAGAGCUAAAGGCGGAACUGAGUGCUCGCUCGUCCAGUCUCGUCGCGACCACGCCUAUCCUGUCCCGGCCAGGCUCUGUCAUCAGCAGCUCUGAUCGCCCCUCGAUACCACCCAAACCUCCACAUCUUCCACUCAAAGAAGCUCCAACGCCCACUGCCAAUGGUGCGACAAAGUCCAUAACGAAUUUGGAUCAAUGGAACGCCGAUCCGGUCAGCAAAAACCCGCACAGCGAUGAUUCGAUAGAGCAUGCUUUGACUUCGGGCCCUUUUACGGUGAGCCGACAGUCGAGCUCGAAUGCGAUGGUCGGUCCUUCCCGACUGGGUCAAUCAAGAGAGGUAACUCCGCCCAAUCCGCAGCCCGAGGACGUCGACAUGGAAGAAGAAGAGGAGAAUUGGGACGAAUAUUACGACGAGGUGAUCGUACCCCAAUCAUCACCCGAACGCCCUCUUGCCGCUACAAGACAUGCUGGGGUUCCGGCGCAUACGUCAGAGCUUCCUUCAGACUUUCAAGAUAUCCCCUUUAAUGAAAUCUUCUCCUCACAAGGCUCUCCAUACAGAGUUAGUGAAGCUCUUCCAAUUCCUAUCGACUCUUCGCCUCCCCGGGCUAUCCAGCCUCCCCCGCGGUCAUCGAGUUCCAAGACUCGAGAUCACUCCACGACAGCGAACGGGAAGGAGAGGGUUGUCCAACUGGAGGAGCAGUAUCCGUGGUCCCACGACGUACGGCAAAAAUUGAGACAAUACUUUCGUUUGCCGGGUUUCAGGACACAUCAGCUGGAAGCCAUCAAUGAGACCAUGGCGGGGAGAGAUGUUUUUGUACUCAUGCCUACCGGCGGUGGAAAAAGUCUGACUUAUCAACUUCCUGCUAUCUGCGAUGGCGGCAAAACCGAAGGUGUCACUUUUGUCAUCUCUCCCCUGAUCUCUUUGAUUACCGACCAAGUCGGCAGUCUGAUUGAAAAGGAGAUCCCUGCCAUCGCCUACACGAGUGACCUCAGUCAGGCAGACAAAAAUUGGGCCCAUCAGGAACUUUCGCGCAGAAAACCGUCAGUCAGAGUGGUCUACGUUACGCCUGAAAUGAUGUCCAUGGGCGGGCGUAUCAAGUCCAUCCUGAAAGGACUCGAGCAGAGAAACAAAUUGGCGAGAUUCGUGGUCGAUGAGGCCCACUGUGUCAGUCAAUGGGGUCAUGAUUUCCGGGCAGACUAUCUGAAGCUCGGUCUCAUCCGAAAAGAGUAUCCCAAUAUCCCAAUCAUGGCCUUGACGGCGACUGCGCAAGAGAAGGUGGUAGAAGACAUCAUCCUCACGCUCGGCAUCCAAAAAUGCGUUCGACUGCAGCAGUCCUUCAACCGGCCUAAUCUCCAGUACGAAGUCCGCCCUAAAAAGAGUGCUACUAUCCUCAAGGAUAUCGUCAAUUUCAUCGGCACCCACAAAGCGGGCGUGAGCGGUAUCAUUUACUGCAACUCGAGAGACACUUGUGAGAAUGUGGCCAAGCAGUUGAGGGAAGAGUACAAAGUGAGAGCCCAUCAUUAUCACGCCGGAAUGAGCAAGUCCGAUAGGAGGAUGAGGCAGGAGGGGUGGCAAGCUCACGAGUUCGAGGUCAUUGUCGCAACUAUCGCUUUUGGCAUGGGUAUCGACAAGCCUGAUGUGCGAUAUGUCAUACAUCACUCUCUGCCAAGGUCACUUGAAGGUUAUUAUCAGGAGACUGGUCGAGCUGGGCGAGAUGGGAAUCCUUCAACUUGCGUUCUUUAUUUCAUGUUUGCAGACGGUAAAAAAAUCAUCAACCAAAUCGAUUCCAACAAAGAGCUAUCUUUUGAACAACGGCAGCGCCAGAAAGAUAGCGAAUACGAAGUCCUCCGUUACUGCGACAACAUGGUCGACUGUCGACGUGCACAAGUGCUUGCCUUCUUCAACGAGGUGUUUGAUCCGGCCCAAUGUCACAAGGGCUGUGAUAACUGCGCGAAUCGGGACAAGUAUGAGAUCAAGGAAGAAGAUGUGACGGAGGAUGCCGUCAAUAUCCUCAAAAUGAUCGACAGCUUGAAACCCGACUCCAGAAUUACCAUUGUCAACGCUGCCGAGGCUUUCCGAGGCCGCAGGAGUAAUCCCGACAAGGGCCUCGCUGAUAAUGCGUAUUUUGGGAAAGGCGCGGACUGGGACAAGCACGAGUCGGAGAGACUUGUGCAGCGGUUGAUGAUAGAGAACGCAUUGGAAGAGUUCAAUGUGCUCGGUCCGGCUGGCUUCAAUCUUGGUUACUUGAGGAUUGGCCCAAAGGCGAACGAUUACCUCAAGCGCGGUAAACGAUUUCUCAUGGCAUUCGGCAAGAUGCCAAUCACUGCAGCCCAUCAGAUCGCUAAAGACAAGCAAAAACAACAAAACAAGAAACAGCUUGCCCUUCAGCGUUCAAAUAACAAUCCCAUCGAGCGCAAACGAUCUGCGCAACGCAUUCAGGCACAAACGGACGAUUUCGACAACUCUGACUGGGGCGAUUCACAUGACAAGCAGAAGGAGGGAGAUGAAGGCGAGCCCCAGGACGAUCCUAUCGAGGGCAGCGGAGAGGACACGGAGGUCGAUGAUGAUGCGCCGUUGAAACCGGCCAAGAAGAGAAAGUCUAUGGACCCUCCUGCCGCGGUCAAGAAAAGAGUCACGGCCAAAAGUACAGCAAAGAAGAAUGGCGCGGGUGAGGAGUCGCUACAGUCGCAAUGUUUCAUGGCGUUGGAGAAGCUGCGUGAUACUGCACUGGCCCAUGAUACCGAUGCUAGUCUUUUGACCGAUGAGAUGCUGCAGAUGAUCGCCACCAUGAUGCCCUCAAGUGAGUAAGGCAGGUCUCAUCGUGCAGCAAUUGACAGCUUGUAGACGGUAAAGCAGUCAUGGAGAUCGAGGGUAUGACCCCGCAGCUCGCAAAGAAAUACACGACCAAGAUUUUGGGCAUCUGCAUCAAAUACAAGCCCGACGAUCAGAAACCAGAUGUUCUAUCGUCUGCACCCAUCAAGUCGAAAUCAUCAAAAUCCAGUAUCAUCAGUGACCUUCAAGGAUACAUUUACAAACCUGUUGCCACCCCCGCAUCUAGCAAGCCGCUGGGCAAACUGUCUCUAUCAAACGCGCCAACGAGACGCACCAAUACAAGCUUGCCGAUGACAACGGGUGGCAGCUCAAGUUCAUCAAUCAAGAAACCCACUCUACCACGCCUUACUUCGCUGGCCUCCAGAGGUGCGACUGUGCGAAAGGAUAAAUUCUGAGGGAGAGGGUUGAGAGGAAUGCAAAGCAGCAAAAGACGGAAUAUUAUAAUCACACUACAUACACAUAGGCAUAUCACAUCUGCAUUACAAUGCAACACUUUUCAGCAUGGA